UUGUCAUGAAGAAAAAUCAAUACUAUUCCAGACGUAGUGGCGUUCGGUGCGGGUUCGCUACGCAAAUGCAGUGAUUUGGUGAUUUAUAAUCUAAUAAUUCGGCACAAAAAUCGUGUUAAUCGGUGUGUUUAAUGUUAGCAAAUAGUAACAAAUGAGACGAAUUCUUUGUUUCGAGAAGUGACCGGGGGUUUUUCUCGAUUUUAGUGGAGUGAUUGCAUGAUAGCAUCGACGAUUUGGAAACGUGAAAAAAGAACACUUUUUGCCCGAAAACUUUAUGUAUGGAUUGAUUAGAGCAAAUUCACAGACAAGAGUCAUUCACUAACAACAAUUGUGUGCAAAAGCGAAUUCCAUUAAGGAAAACUUACAUUGCAAAAUCGCACCCUUCAAGAAAACCUUGCGGGAGUCAGCAAGGGGUGCGUCUCACGAGUCAGCCCCAUUGGUUUAUCAAUAGUGAGUCCCGACUCCCGACCAACGACAAAUAAGGGGGUGGAAGGCAAAACUAAAACGCUGACAAAUGACACACUGGUGUACAGACGGGGCAUUGAUUACCGUUUUGUGUUUCUUCCAAGCAGCAUUUUCAAAACAUUAUUCUGUUUCUAACGCGCCUUUCGCGUUGGGUUGCGCGAUGUCGCAUCGUUGGAGUAUACUCUGUUUGACGCUCGGCUAAACAUUCAAUCGUGAAUUUGUGCAAUUAAGAUUAGUGACACUUUGCUUCGCUUCGAGCUCGUGAUGGAGAGAAUUAUGUGUGAACGAUAUCAUCCAUUGGUGCGUUUUUAAUACGUUAGCUUUGGAUUAGGAUUCUUUCUCGGCUGGAAUAUAAAGACGAGCUCCAGAGCUCGACUACACUUGAGGAAACACACAAAACAGUAUUAGAUCAAAAUGAAAGGAUUAAUUUUUCUUGUGGCGUUGGCUCUGCUAAGAUCUGUUGCAGUUGUAAAUGGAACGCCACUGAAAGUGCGCAACUGUUAUCAGUACGGAACUACUUCCACCACUAAUACUAUCGAUCAGACCAGUCCGGAUAGUUCCGAUGAUUACGAUGGCUACGAUGAACCUUUGGAUGCAUCGGAAGGGACACAUUUCGACAAAAAUACGUCCACCAUAGUGGCGUGCUCGCGUUAUGCGACAUUCUGCUACGCAUUAUGGACCUUCGACGCUACUAAGAACACUACAAAGGUUGUUGUUCAAGGAUGUUGGGAGCUAUCGGAUAAGAAGGAAACAUGCUUGAAGAACGAAUGCAUCAGCCAUAAGGAAACCAGCAGUGGUCACUUUUUCUGUUGCUGCUCGGGAGACAACUGUAACGGAAACUUUAGCUAUGCUUCAACUCCGACCGUAAUGGAAGGUAUGGAGGCGGGUGCGGAAAGUGAUUACACACCUUUCGCACCGUAUACCUCGAUAUGGAGUUCCCCGACAGUUUAUAUCUGCUUUGCCAUGGUUGGGAUAAUAUUGAUGUUGAUCGUCGGAUUUCUAACGUGUCGCACAACUACGAAGGCGGUUUCGGAGCUAGCUCCGUUAGCACCUUCGGGGCCAGGCUACAGCUCCAAUUUGUAUAAUGUGGACAAUUUGAAAUUGGUUUCAAUGAUUGGGCAGGGAAAAUACGGCACAGUUUGGAAGGGGAUUGUCAAUGAACAGCACGUAGCCGUAAAGCUAUUUACUGCCCAGCAUCGGCAAUAUUUUUUGAAUGAAAAGGACAUUUAUACCAUUCCUUUGAUGGAGUCGCCAUCUCUACUGACAUAUUUUGGUUGCGAUGAGCGACGCACCAUGGACGAUCGCGUUGAAUAUCUCUUGGUUCUCUCAUUAGCUCCGCUGGGAUGUCUACAGGACUGGCUAAGUGAUAAUAAAAUGGGUUUCAGCAUAUUCUGCAAGAUGGGAAAAUCCAUUGCCAAUGGGUUGGCACAUUUACAUACAGAAAUUCGCAAAGGAGAUUUGAUCAAGCCUUGUGUCUGCCACCGGGAUCUUAACUCCAGAAAUGUGCUGGUAAAGGCGGAUCUAUCGUGCUGUAUAUGUGAUCUGGGUUUCGCUCUUAAAACGUUUGGACCACGGUACGAGUGUCGUGGGGAAAUUGCAUUGGCAGAAACCAAAAGCAUCAACGAGGUUGGAACUUUGCGCUACAUGGCACCAGAGGUGCUGGAAGGGGCUGUUAAUCUGCGUGACUGUGAAUCGGCUUUAAAACAAAUUGAUGUAUAUUCGCUUGGACUGGUGCUGUGGGAACUGGCGACAAGAUGUGAGGACUUCUAUCCGGAUGAAAGUAUGAUUCCUGAAUACAAGGCACCGUACGAGGAAGAAAUCGGUACCAACCCAAAUUUCGAACAAAUGCAAGUUCUGGUAUCAAGGAACAAAGCCCGACCAAGAUUUCCCGUAAACUACGAAAACAGCGUGGCUGCCAAGGUUGUGAAAGAUACGUGUGAGGAUUGCUGGGACCACGACGCAGAGGCUCGUUUAACGGCACUUUGUGUUCAAGAACGUAUUCAGGAUAUAAUAACAAUGAAUCCCAAAGCUCAACUUCUCAAAGGACAGUCACCUCCGUUGAGUACAACUAAUUUGAUCAUCACACCCACAGCAACUCAUACCAAAGUUAGCCCAACAGCUGUCUCAUUUAUGACGCCACCCAAUCAGCGAAUCAUUCCUCAAGUUAAUUUCUACAACUGUGAUACCACACUAGCUGCGGCGGUGCCCUACGCAAAGAAAGUCAACGUUGCUUUCCAAUCUCGCGCAAACAUGGUGAACGUCCCGAAACACAACAUAAACGAUGCGUACAUACCUGACGAAGAGGAUAGGUUUAAAUCUUUCACCAAUGAGCAACCGGACGUAACAUUCCGAAACCCGCAUGUCCUCCCAAAGUUGGAAAACAAUGAUGUUCAGCACAAGAUGAAAGGCCUAAAUAGUGUUAAAGCGAUGCUGCAGAAAACUUUCCAUAAAUCAAUUCCCUACGUCCAGCCGGACUGUGACGAUAAAUCUAAUUUAGUCGAAAACACUUUUGCUUGUAAGACACACAUGGAGAAUCCAGUUGCUGAACUGGCCUCCGUGAACUCGAAAAAAUCUCACAUUACACUGAUCAAUGCAGCUGAUAAUGACAUCGAGAAGCGGUCAGCCGAGCGACCGAAUAACUUGGAUCUAUCCUCUGGCAGUACCGGUUGUUAUGAGAAUAAUCUUAUUCGAUCAUCGUCCACCGGUAAAUCGUUAUUCAAAACGUUAACGGACGAUUUCACCAGCCAACCAUUCACAAUGGUGCAAACGGGCUCUCCAAAUCCGAAGCUUCGAAUUGUUGUUUCAAAAUCGGCAAACGCCGUCAAGAAUCUCAACACUAGUCGCACAAGUCUAAAUGACCAGAAUAAUCAAAAUGAUAGCAAAAACAUGAAACGCCAAAGAUCUUUAGAAGUAUUUCAUGAAGUUUUCGGACCGAAGGGUAGCAUCGAGCGUCUGCGAAAUCCCAGCCAGAGGGUAAAAACACCCGGUGACGUUCCACCGUCGGUGCGCAAAGUUCGGGCUUCGAAGACCCUCUCGUUGUACGACGAUAGAAUGAUGGAGGCCAGCAAGCUAAUGGCCAACUCUGUAUAGCACGAGGAGGUACUUUUGCUGGAACUUUAAUCAAGCAGACAGCGAGAGGACAUUUCAACAAAUACGAAUAGCGGAAACACAAGAAGACUUAGGUAGUGAUAGAAUGCUGCAAGAUAAAGCGCGAAGCAAAUGAGUAUUAUUUAUGGCAUUACAAACAGGUGAAUCUCUAUUGACUCAGUCAUUCGAAAGAAAACUUUUGUUCUUUCGUUCUUUAAUUUAGCAUAGUUCAAAGCAAAGAUAAUGAUGGAAAUCUUUGUUGGGGGAUUCCUUUCUGGAACUAAAAUAAUAAAUGAAACAAUGUACUCGUUAUUAGAGAAGGUAAUGAUAACAAAAUUAACAUUAGUUUUUCAAGCUGUCUACAUCAAGUUGGAAUUUCUGCGCCAAUGAUUAUUAAUAUAUAGAGGUGAUAGGAAUCUGGACACGCACUAAAUUGUGAAAAUGAGAUAUGGUAUCUUAUUAUUAAGCACGAAAAUUAAAUUCAUAAAUACUACACAUUA